CGCAAGAUCUUAUCCACACCACACAGCGGCCAGAUACCUGAUCGUGCUUGGAUGGAAGGGCGAAACCCGAUCGCCUGAUGUGCUGCCUGCAACUCAGAGGAGUGACUUAUCAGGACGAGUUAAAAUGUCUUCUUCCUCGAGCGAGGUCAUUAGUGCCGAUGAUAUCAAGAGGGCGAGCGCAAGGGCAUUGGAGAAUCGUGGGAGUGUCAAGCUGUCAGUGCUGGAUCCCGCGGAGUUGUCUAUGGAGAAUGCAACUUCAGUCUCGGGCAUCGAUGCGGUUCGUUCCGAACUUCUGGACUGUACAACGGCCUCGCUGGCCUUCUCUCCCGAGCAGGUCGCGUGCGUCUGCGAAGCGCUGCUGCAGGGAGGGAACGUGGAGCGACUGUCUAGGUUCCUCUGGUCACUGCCGCAGAGUGACCUGCUGCGGGGCAACGAGAGCAUCCUGAAAGCGCAAGCGAUAGUCGCUUUUCAUCAGGCCCGCUUCCAAGAGCUCUACUGCAUUUUGGAGAACCACAGUUUCAGUCCGUCAAAUCACCCAUCUCUGCAGGAUAUGUGGUACAAGGCGCGUUACACCGAAGCGGAGAAGGCGCGGGGUAGACCGCUGGGUGCCGUGGACAAGUACCGCUUACGCAGGAAAUAUCCCCUGCCUCGGACUAUCUGGGACGGAGAGGAGACCGUGUAUUGUUUCAAAGAGAGGUCUAGGAAUGCGCUGAAGGAUAUGUAUAAACGAAACAGGUACCCCUCUCCAGCCGAGAAACGCAAUCUCGCCAAAAUUACAGGACUUUCCCUGACGCAGGUCAGCAACUGGUUCAAAAACAGGCGGCAGAGAGACAGAAAUCCAUCCGAGGCGCAGUCAAAAAGUGAGUCAGAUGGAAAUCACAGUACAGAAGAUGAGUCCAGUAAAGGCCAGGAGGACCUGUCACCACGUCCCCUGUCCAGCGGCUCUUCAAGCUCAGCUGUACAUGGAACAGCCCCCUCUACAGUUUACUCAGAUGGAGGAACAACUGUCAUCCAACAAAUCGGAGAUGUUAAGAUGCCCUCACACACAACUGCAGGAAUGAGUUUUAAUGGUGACCUUGCAAGUGUGAAUGCUCACUACAUCAAUGGUGGAGCCUAUGUUCAGUCACAUGGAAACAAUGCUCUCCUGAAUGGACUCGGUGCCACAGGUGGCCAUUUCUUGACCUUUGACCCCCAGAGGAUCUCCCAUAAUAGCCAGGAGAGACUUUUGGGUGGAUCUUCUGUGUCCUAUGCACCUUAUUCAAUGGGGGUUUCAGAAACUGGAUCUGGAAAGCUGGAGAACAUGCAAACUCUUGUUUCCAAUGAAGAUGGCGUAAUUCCUUCAGUGGUCUCUUUCGCCUCUGCCCCUUCCACGCCCUGCACCACCUCAGGAGCGCUUCAUCUUAGCAGUUACAGUGUGGUUAAUCUCCCUGGAACUGAAUCCACCAUGGGUCUUCCUCCUGUUAUGAUGCCUCCAUCUUCAAACUCAUCUUGUCAUGGCUCUGCUCCUUUGGGUAAUGUGGCCAGUGACUCAGCCCAGCACUCAAACCAAACCCUGCUCUACACCCAAACUGUCAAGCAGGAGCCUUUGGAUGUGGUUGGAAGCUACAGCUAUCCCUCUGAAAUGCCCUUGGACCAAGGCAACAACCUGGGCUAUACAGCCUCCCUUUUUCUUUCUUCAAAUCUCAGCUCUUCUUCCUCCAGUGGCAACUGUCUUCCCCAUACUGUCACAGCUACGGUCACCUCUGCCCUCUCCAACACAGAGGUCCACCACUCUCUGAAUCAAGUUGGACGUGGCCUCCAGCAGGACAUUAGAGCCCUGUCCUCGGACUACAGGUCCCAAGAUGUCCAGUUGUCCCUGUCCACUGCCAGGGUAGGAGAAGGCCGGAUCAGGGUUGUUUGUGGAGAUCUGGACAUGGAGGGUAAAGAGCUGGCCAAGCUGCAGACUGUACAAAUGGAUGAUGAUAGCAGUGACCUCUGACUUGUGGUAUGAUGUCGUCAGUACUGAAGAGCUGCAAUUCACUUGUGCUGGACUAGUUUUGUUGCACCACAUUGUGGCCUAAUAACAGGGACCCAAUAAGCACAAAUCAUUCUUAAACAACAAUAUUAUUAUAUUGAACAGUGCCUUCCUGUCCUCAGAUAUCCCAACCUGCACUAAGAGGGCUGUAGAAUGUUCCAGGUAAUGCACUGACCUUUUGAAGAUUAUAAAGCUUCAAUGUCUUUACUGUCACCUCAUAAGAAAGCAAGCAAGAAAAACCUGUUAAAGCACCAUAGAAAUGUGCUCUGAAUCAAAAACUGCAGUUUUACACUAAUUAUUUCUUAUGACAAGAUUUUAUGAAAGCAGAAAUGUGUGUUUUUGUUGUUGAUGGUUGGCUUUUGUAUUUAAAUUCUUUGAGUGUGAUGAAGUAAAUGUGAUAAAGGUUAUUUUGUUAAGUUUGACUUUUGAGUUUUUGAGUUUUAUGUUACAGAAUGUUCGAUUUAAAUUCAUAUGCCUCUCUCUACGCAUGCCAAUGUGGACUUUGUUCUUUUUAAGCAUAUAAUCUUGACCAUUAUGAUACGAUCUAAACUAGACAAGCAAUUUGCUUGAAGACUUCAUCUAAAGUAAUUGAAGUAUGAGUGUUUUUUUUCUUUGUUGUCUACAUCUGGCUGUGUAGAGAUAUGUACUUCAGUUUGCAUUUGACAUUUCUUUAGCAGUAAAAAAGGCCCAAUGCUGAAUUCACAGAUCCUUGCAGGACAAGUAAAAUAUACUGACUCCAAACAUGAGCUCUGCAAGAACCACAAGAAAACUUAAAACGUCAGUCCUGUCUGAAAGAACCCUAUUUUUCUAAACCCUUCCACCCUAUUAAAUAUUUAUAU